AUGACUUCUCGAUCUACGAGUCCAUACCGUUCUGCCGAGAACCUCGCUCAAAUCCUCAAUCUUCGCCAUAACGGAGAGACCAAUGAAACAGACCAUUCGCAUGUGACAAGUCGUGGAGCCCCUGCUCGUCACUCCCGUCGACAGCGGUCAGAGUACCGAUCCUGGGACCGUGCAAGCGAUCAACCAAGUCAUGGCCGUACAGGCUCGAAGAAUCGAUCUAAGUCGGGACAUUGA